AAAGCGGAUCGUGGACCAAGUGAUAUUCAAUCGCCCACCGAGCGAUGUGUCGUGUUACAGUUACUGAAUAAAACGCGAAUCGUAACUUUUAUAAUUGAUAACAGUCGUUCUAUAAACCGUUUCGAAAAGUCGUCGCUGAAAAAACCUAACAUAAAAUACUGUACAUUUAUAGUUUUUUUUUUUCGUAAAAACUCGUUUAGACGCUAAGUGUACGGCCAUACAUCAGUCAAAGGAUUCACACAAUGGCUACGUGGUGCUCCGCAGUAAUGGUGUUGUUAGCAGUGGGCCGAGGCCUGGGACGACCCGAAGCGCCCCUGACCGGUUUCGGCGGAGGCGGUGGAGGAUUCCCUGGGCUCACGCUAGACAGCUACGCAGCCCCCAUCAGUGGUGGCAGUAGCAGUGGGCCAUACCCGAGCGGCGGGCCACCGCCACAGUACGGGCCACCGCAGCAAGCGCCUGUCAUACAUAAGCACGUGUACGUGCACGUUCCGCCUCCAGAGCCCACAUACUACGCCCCGAAGAAGCCUGUGCAACCUCCGCCACCACCGCAGAAGCACUACAAGAUCGUGUUCAUCAAGGCACCUACACCGCCACCACCCACCGUGCCAGACCUCCCACCUAUCGCGCCGCCAGCCGAACAGAAGACGCUCAUCUACGUGCUGGUCAAGAAACCGGACGAGGCGCCCGAGAUCCACAUACCGACACCCGCACCCACGCAGCCAUCCAAACCAGAAGUGUACUUCAUCAGAUAUAAGACCCAGAAACAAGAAGGAUACCCCAACUCAGUAGCUUCCGAGUACGGACCACCUGCGAGUCCGUCUCCGUCGAUCCCGUCUGACACGUACGGCUCCCCAUCACCGUCCUCCGGAUAUGGAGCGCCCAGCGGUCCUGGAUCACUGUACUGACAGGAAAAAAAAUUAUCCCUGAAACAAGGCCAAGACACAAAACUAUGAUACGAUACCUACGUUGUCUAAUAUAUAUAUAUAAUUAUAUAUAUAUCAUGGCCCAAAAAUGAAAUCGAUUAUCAUAUUAUAUUAAACAAGCAAUAUCAAAUAAAAUAAAAUAAUAUAGGUUAUGCACGCCGACACACUGCGCAGUUGUACAUUAUAUUAUUAUUAUUAUUAUUAUUAUUAUUUUUAUUAUUAUUAUAUUAAUUAUAUCCGAACGUAGGACGAGAAUAAUGCGUAUAUUAUAUAUUAUAUAUUAUUACAUUUAGUGUUGCCAUAAGAAAAAUCUUAGAAUAUGCGAAACGUCCGUUUCAAUAAUAAUAUACAUUAAAUAAUAUAUAAAAAAAAAAACAGAUGAUCUGCAAAAGACGCCCUAUUGAACAUUUACAUACCAUAAUAGUAGAUAAUAUACCGCAGCCAAUCUAACGACCGACAUGAAUAUAAUAAUAUAUACCUAAUAUACAUCGGACAAAAUACGAUUUAUUAUUAUUAACCCAUCACCACCCUCGUACGUUUGCACUUGCCAUUUCCACGACAUUUUAAUAAUUUUAAAGGACGAAAUUAUAAUAAUAAUAUUAUUAUACGUAUUUUCAUCUCAUCCCAACGAAAGUCGCAAUCACAUCCAAAACAUGUCGUUGUUUAUACAUACACAGAAAUAUAUAAUACUCUAUUAUAAAACGUAUACCUACUAAAUCGUCAUUAUUAUUGUUAUUGUUUACUUCGUCCAGGUAUUAAUUAUUCCAUUAUUAUAAAAGGUAUAUUAUAGUAUCAUUUAAACCGUGAACAUUACCAUGUGUGAGCAUAAUAAUAAUAAUAUGUCUGCGCGAAUGCGUGACCAUCACUUUCUCUCGGUCUCAGCGUAUAGGUAAUACCUACCUAUUCGGAAUUCUAAAUUUUCGUAAAAUUAUUACGUAACUGGAUUUUUUUCACUCUAGCGGAUUCCGUGAUACGUGUUUGGAUGUAUACAAUUAUAAUAUACGUACAAUAACACACUAUUGAAUACGUCUAUAUUAUACAAUCAUAUUUGCGUGAUUUUAUAAUGUGCUCUGUAAACUGCAACAACGUUGUUAGAUAACCAAAACAUAUUAUUAAACAUUUAUUUUUCAUUUUAACUUUUUCUAUUACACUUGAUGUAUUUGGGCAGUCAAUGCGAAAACGUCGGUCUGUUAUAGGCGAUUAUAGCACCUAUAACAUCUAACUGCGGUUCCACGAUAUCGAAUAAAAAAUAAAAUAAACACUUGUACCUAUAAUAUGUUUAAUGUUAUGUAAAAUAAUCGCGUCACCUUUACUUUAUAAAUAUGUAUUAAUAUAUUAUUUAGUUGUAUAAUAUCCAACUGUUAUACUAUUAUUUUUUACUUUUUAUUUUUUUGUACAUAUUUGUAUUGUUAUUGUAUUUUAUAUUAUUUUAGCAUGUAUAUAAUAUUAUCGUAUUGUGUGCAUUUGUUUAGUUCUUUAAUAAACUUCAUUACCUACUCUUUA